AAACGGCCACACAGUACUUGUGGAAAAUCGUAUCAUGAGAGGAAAAGCGCCGUGCAAACAGUUAGAAAGUGCGCAAUCGGUCAGCGGAAGUGCGAAAAAGAACGGUCAGUGAGGCCCCACCAGCUGUUGGCCAGCUAAUUAAGCAACAGCUCGCGAGCUGCUAAUUAAAUUAUAAAACAUACAGAAUACAGAAGCGCUAAAGACGGGGCCAAAACCAAGCCCACAAUCCCCGCUUUUUGGCCUAUUUCGCUAAGAAAAGAGAAGGAAUCUGGGGAGAGAGUGCUGCAAAGCAGCUUUCACCAAAUCUAGUUUGCCUGCUUGGACUCUCGCCCAGGAGCUCACUAUGUAGACUCACUCAACCCAAGAAAUCAUCGUCGCGUCGUCAUUAGGGGAAAUCUACAAAACAGCCAACAUGUCUUUUAUCACCAACCUGAAGAAGGUCUUCCACCUCGGCGGAGGUGAGGCCAAGAAGAAACGCCUGUACAACAACAUCAAGAUGGACACGGAUCCGGAGGAGCUCUGGGAAAUGGUGGGGGAGCUUGGCGAUGGAGCUUUCGGCAAGGUAUACAAGGCCCAGCACAAGGAGCACAAGCGCUACGCCGCCGCCAAGAUGUGUCAACUGGAGGACGAGGAGAACCUCAGCGAUCACAUGGUCGAGAUCGACAUUCUCUCGGAGAUCAAGCACCCAAAUAUAGUGGAGCUGUAUGAGGCAUUCUCCCUCGACGAUAAGCUAUGGAUGCUCAUCGAGUACUGCGACGGCGGAGCCCUGGACAGCAUCAUGGUGGAGCUGGAGAAGCCCCUGACUGAGCCGCAGAUUGCCUAUGUUUGCAAACACAUGACCGAGGGUCUCACCUUCCUGCACCGCAACAAAGUCAUCCAUCGCGAUUUGAAGGCAGGAAACGUGCUGCUCACCAUGGAAGGUGGUGUUAAGUUGGCGGACUUUGGUGUUUCGGCCAAGAACAAACACACCAUGCAGAAGCACGACACCUUCAUUGGCACUCCCUACUGGAUGGCCCCGGAGCUGGUGCUCUGCGAAACGUUCCGGGACAACCCGUACGAUCACAAAGUAGACAUCUGGUCACUGGGCAUCACGCUCAUCGAGCUGGCCCAGAUGGAGCCGCCCAACAGCGAGAUGUCGCCCAUGCGAGUCCUGCUCAAAAUCCAAAAGAGCGAGCCGCCCAAGCUGGAGCAGCCCUCCAGGUGGAGCAAGGAGUUCAACGACUUCCUCAAGAAGUCCUUAGUCAAGGAUCCCCAGGUUAGGCCCACGACGGAUGUGCUGAUGCAGCAUGGCUUCAUCAACAGGAAUCUGGAUUCCAAGCCCAUCAAGGAUCUGCUGCUCGAGUACAAGGCCGAGGUCGUGGAGGAGGUGGUUGACGACGAGACCGAGAAGCUUAAACGCCAAGUGAAGCGGCGCUCGCUCUAUCAGAGGGAACCCCGCAACUCGGCGCUCCAGCUCGACCUGGACGAUGACUCUGCUUCGCUGCAGAGCCAAGACAUUGACAAACUUCCAGGUACACCUACAUCCAUUUUGCGGGAUGCCAAAGAGCAGUCCCAACCAAGUAGCAGUUUACCAAUCGCAGCAGCGGCAACUGCAGCAGCAGCUACAACCACAACUAAAGCAACCACUCCGGACAGACCAAACCACACAAAGGAUGACAAUGCUGAAGCGGCAGCCCAGCAGCCGCCGCAUACCAAAGUGCCUGCUCCAGCGCCGCCGUCGUCCCAACAAACGCCACCACCGCAAGUCCAGCAGCCACCUACACCACCAGCCCAAACCACAGCGGCCGUGCUGCAAAAGAAAACCGAGGAUGCGGCAGCUGUUGCAGAAGCAGCCGAAAAAACCGAAUCCGACAAGAAGCACUUUGUCAAAAAGGAAAAGGGCAAAGCCCCGCCCCCACCGUCACCAUUGGGCCUUGCAAAUGCCAAGCCGUCUCCUAGCGAUUCCCAGAUAUCACCUAAAAAGAUGGCCACGCCCGAACCCGCCUCCCCAGUCACCACGGCCAUUGAGGUGGCCAUUGGCCAAGAGACGAUGGAGCCAAAACCGCAGCCGCCCUCGCCCACAGCCUCCUCCAUUGUGUCCGUGCAAUCGGUGGCCUCCUCAAGCUCCUCGGGCAGCGUUUCCAAUGCUGUCCUCAGUUCGAGUACUUCCCUGAUCACCAUCAACAGCGAUCCGCCCACACCGCAGCAUCAUCAACCGCUGCCCCCACAAGCGCAGCAUUUGGUUCUGCCAAACAGUUUGGAGUCGGUGAGUCAAAUUACAGUGGUGACCAGCACCCAUCCUCCGGUCAUCAUCGACAACUCGGUGGUGACGCCGCAGAACGAGGUGAUCAUCGUGUCCAACGAUCUGAACAAGAGCACUCACCUCCACGAGUCUUCGACGGAUGACGACUUCCCCUCGCUGGACGACAGCUUGGGCGAUGCCAGCACGCCUCCCCACAAGCAAUCCUCAAUGAUAUUGGCUGUUAAUGAGCCAGCAGGAAUAGUUCCUGCUCCUCCGCCACAGCCGCAGACUGCUUCCACUGUCCACGCCCGCAAGCUGGACGAGAGUGAGGUGUUGAUUGUGAGUCCCUCCUACGCGGAUGAUGACUCGGCUUAUAACACGGCAUCAGGCAGCCACAGUCAUGACCACAGCGACCAUCUGAUGGACACGAGCCACGUGUCAGUGGUUACCGUGGGCGAUGAGGUGGUUAAGGUGAAGGAUAGCAGCAAUGAGCUGGGCAAGCGCCAGCCCAACGGAGUCGGCAUUGUGCCCGAGGACGUGAACAUCAUUGUGAACCGAUUCAAGCACGAUAAGCGAUCGCCGGACAGCUCGCUGAGCGAGAAUGGCUCGGUGCGCGGACGCCGAGGUAUUGAGGUGCAGGUUGGCGGCAGCGGAGGAUCCGACGUGGACAGCAUUGGCACCAACACUAGUCAGGACAGCCGGCACGAGACGGAUCACAAUAACAAGCCGCAGCCUCCAGCGGCUGUGCUGAUGCCUCCACCGCCUCCGUCGGUGACGAAUAACCACAAUCAUGAGACCAUCGACGAGGAAGAGGAGGUAGUGAUUCGGCCCAAGGCGAGAGUUCCGCCCGUGGUCAAGGGAGUCAACGCUCAAGGUCUCACCAAGGAGGAGAUUGAGCUGCGCAAUCUGCGCAAGAAGACACGCAAGCGUACCCGUAAAUUCGAGAUCGAUGGUGUGCAGAUGACCACCACCACAAGUCGGGUGAUCUACGGCGACGAUGAGAACGGACGAAUCUACGAUGACCACGACUUCCGCAAGCAGGAGCUGCGUGAACUGAAGAUGCUACAAAAGCAGGAGAAGAAACAGCAGACCGAAUUGUACGUAAAGGAGCAGCAGGCCAAGGAGCAGCAGGAUCGCCGCUUUGAGCAGGAGCGAUCGUCGCUGGAGAAGACCUACGAGGCGGACAUGGAUAUGCUGGCGCGCCAGCACAAGCAGCUAGUAGAAAAGACAGAGCAGACGCAGGAGAACGAGCUGCGCUCCUCGUCGAAGCGUAUUCGCUCCGAGCAAGAGCAGGAGCUGAAGAUCUUCCGCGAGAACCUCAAGCAGGAGAUCCGGCUGCUCAAGCAGGAGGUGGACCUAUUCCCCAAGGACAAACGCAAGGACGAGUUUAAGCAGCGCCGUUCGGCCAUGGAGCUUGAUCACGAGGAGAAGGAGCGCGCCUUCCUCGAUUCCUUAAAGGAGAGGCAUGAGCUUCUAUUAAGACGACUUAGCGAGAAGCAUCGUGACCACCUGGCCACCAUCAACCGCAACUUCCUGCAGCAGAAGCAGAACGCGAUGAGAACGCGGGAAGCACUGCUCUGGGAGUUGGAGGAGAAGCAGCUGCACGAGCGCCACCAGCUGUCUAAACGGCAUGUAAAGGAGCUCUGCUUCAUGCAGCGCCACCAGAUGAUCAUCCGGCACGAGAAGGAGCUUGAUCAGGUGAAGCGUAUGCUGCAGCGCAAGGAGGAGGACAUGGUCAAGAAACAGACGAUGGAGAAGCGGGCGCUACCCAAGCGAAUCCGAGCUGAGCGUAAGGCACGAGACCUUAUGUUCCGUGAAUCCCUACGUAUUUCUACGAACCUAGAUCCAGAAAUUGAACGCGAUCGAUUGAAGAAGUUCCAGGAGCAAGAGAAGAAGCGCUACAUGCAGGAGGAGCGAAGAUUCGAGGUCAAGCAUCAAAAGCAAUUGGAAGAGCUACGCGCCACACGCGAAAGCGCCAUAAAGGAGCUUGAGCAACUUCAGAACGAGAAGCGAAGGGCUCUGGUGGAGCACGAGCAAUCCAAGCUAUCGGAGAUCGAUGAGCGACUAAAGGGGGAGCUGCGCGAGUGGCGCGAACAGUUGGUGCCCCGCAAACAGCAACUACAGCAGCGGCUGCAACAAGAGCGCCUGGAGGAGACCUUCGCCCAGCAGCUCGACGAAAUGGAGACCCUGUACGGCGGAGCCCUGAUUGUGUCCAUGCCCUCGGACACGCUGCAGCGAGAUCACUUCACCGGCUCGACGCGCAGCAGCCUGAGUUCGUAUUCCGAGGGCUGAGGGCCAAGAACGUGAUGCCGGGGACGGGAAGCCAGCCUGUCGAACCGGCGAACAAAGGAACUGCAGCGGCAGCAGCUAUGACAGCUAUGCAGAACGUAACAAAACAAUUGUCAGCCAUCCAUUAAGGCUUCCGCCAGAGAUUGAGCGCCUCUGCCUUUGCUUAUAUAUAGAGAGUAUAUAUUUUAGAUGGACAUGUAUGAAUGUAGGUCGUGCCAAGCAGCGCGUCGGGUCAAGCUUAAGUUUUUUGUGUCGUAAAAACGUAUUGCAUAAGUUUAAUUUUAUCACAUUUCAGUGUAUGUUAGCCUAUUGUUCUACUAUUAUUAUUGUACAUGUCUAUCGAUCUUUCGAAAAAUCCAAUGCGUUAAAAUACCAUAUCUACGAGUAUACAUGUCCUCAUGUAUAUACAUAUACAUAUGUUAUAUGUGCACGAACCGUCAAGAGCAGAACUAAAUUUACUUAAUAUUUAUCUAUGUUUAACACACCAUACACACACACACACACUCCCGUAAACAAAAGGACAAACAUACGUACGCCAAACAAAUAUUUUUUGUUGACCUUAUUGCUAUUGUAAAUAUAUCUAUAAAUAUUUGUAUCUUAACUAUGCAACUUAACAAACACACACUUAGAGACAGAGAGACACAUCUACGGGAAAGUUUAGCAAAAGUUAAUAUGUGGCAACAGGAGAAAUAUGUAAGAUGUUGGGAUUCCAAGAAACAAAUUGUGUAAGCGCUCGAGUUUCGAGUUGCAGACGGACGUAGAUAUGCAGAUGGAUAGUGAGAGGCCGUCGGGUAA